UCUACAAAAGUAUAAAUCAAAUAAAUUAAGAUUGUUUAUUUAAAAAAAAAUAAUAAUUCAUUAUCAUGGAAAACAUUUCAACCCCUAACCGUCAACUCUCAAUGUGUGAUAUGAUUUCCGAUGAUUUAUCUCAAAUUAAAAACCAAGCUAUCGACAAACCAUGUGUCACUUAUAACAUCUGUGCGGAUCAUCCCGAAAAGGAGAAAACAUUUUCUUCGUUUCUCCAAUGGCAAAAACACAACGAGGAACUACUAAACCGAUCAACUCAGGGACAUCAUCAAUCAAAUGUGGUUGAGUAUAAUGUGCAACGUGCAAUAAACACGUUAUCCGGUUCCGUGGACAAAUGUAUGUUAGACAGUACCAAUAAAAUUGCUGGUAUGGCUAGAAACAUAGAUAGAUGGAAAACAUACAUGUUUCAAAUUUUAGAAAACAUGCGAAAUGAAAUCGAUUUCCUUAUUUUAAGUAAAAAAAAAAUUCAAAAAGCUCAAACGGCUUUGCAUAUUAUUUGUUCUAUAUCUACUGAAUGCUUGGAACGACGAUCGUUUAGAUUGGAAAUGGAUCACACUUUAGAUCCCGGACAAGUAGAACUUGUUAAAGAAAAAAAACUAAUUACCGAAAUAGGACAUUUAUUUUGCCGUACAUUGUGCCAGAUAGAAGUUCAGUUAGAUCGCAACAAACAAUUAAAGUUUCGACUAGAAAAAAGUUGGAGUGAUAAACAUCAAUCAUUUCAAAUUGAUACUAUCAAUUUAGGGCUAAAUAUUCAGUCGCCUAUCAUAAUGUCACAUACGGACGUUAUCAAAGAUUCUGAAAGCACUUGUUUGUCAGUACCAGAAUGGGAAACAAUUACUAAAACUUUAUAUGAAGAAGCCAUGCAAGUUUUAAAUGAAUCGAGACAAUUGAGAUCAAUAAUCGACGAUGUACUCAAGAAAAGCGCAAAUAGAUUAAGAGAUCAAGCUGAUACAGUUGAUAUUGCUUUAGCGCGGUUCAUAUCCGAUACACAACAAAUUGGACAAGCAAUCGAAAAUGACUUGAAACAAGUAGUUCAACGAUUAGGCGAUUCGGAAAAAUCAAUCGGAAAUCUCCUUCGCGUAAUAUCGAAUUUAGAAAAGGCCAAACAAACUGCUGAAACAAGGUUACACAAUCGUUUGAAACGUCCGGGGGAUGAGAACGUAAAGGAUAAUGCACAACUAAGUCUUAUUUCGGAAGUAAAAAGCAUAACCGAACAAUUAAACACGCUUAAUUAUCAAUUGCACUGUGCCAGAACGGGACACUUGGGUUUGCAAGAAGCGCGUUCACAACUCGAAGACGAUUGUCGUAUUAAAAGGAAAACGCUUUGGAUCGAUAGCAUUAGAUGUCAAAACAUACGAGCGCAUUAUCCUUCUAUGAACAUAUUAAUUGGCCAUUGAAACGACACGAUAAUAGAACGCGUGUAAUGAAAAUAAUUUUUUAUGGCCCAUCAAAGAACAUAAUAUAUUGACAUACAAUGUAUUGAUAGGAUAUUCGCCAUAACAAGCUAUUAAAUUGUCGUCUAACGAUAUAAAAUCAAAUUAUCUAUG